AUGCCGCCGGGGCUCUUCCCUCUGACGAGCCCACCGGCUUCCUCGCAGGUAAGGCUCAACGAGCUCGCUUCUCGGUCACCCGGGAUGGUCUCGAGCGGGAAGAAAGCGGCGGGAGGACGGUCCGCGGGGGCCGCCGCCGAGUCCGGGAAGCACGCCGCUCCACCGCGGGGCGGAGCAGACCGCCUCUGCCCGGAGACCGGCCACGACCUCGACCGCUCCUCAGACCGGCCGGGAGAGCGAGCGAGGGAGCGAGAGGGGAGACCGGGGCGAAAGCGCCUGCUGCAGCUGCCUGCCCGCCCGCCUGCCUGCCUGACCCACCAACAACCUUCGCCAAACACCCGACGCUCCUCGAAGCCGGAAGCUCUUUGGUCGAGCGAGCUAGAGCGGCGCCGGCAGAGGAACUUCCGGGCCCGCCUCCUCCUCCUCCUCCUCCUGCCCAGGAGACCCGGCUGUGGCCCAAGCCCCGCCCACAUUCUCCGCCCCCUCCCCCAGAAGGGAGGGAAGUCCCUGCCCCGCCCCGCCUGGCGCGCUUGGGGAACCCUCCCGCGAGGCGGCCGGCGGCGCCUCUUUCCGGGGGCGCGCGACGGGGAGGGCGGGCAGCGUGGCAACGCCGGGUCGGGCGCCGGUAAAGAAACGGAAUCGCGGAGGAGCAGCGCCUUGAGAGGCAUCCGUUGCCCGGCCUUGCCAAUCACUCCGUCGUUUGCCUUUUCCUUUCGGCUGCCGGGCCACUUAGAGGAGAGCCGGAAUGUUCAAAGACAGAUGAAGAUGCUGCAGAAGAAGCAGGCGCAGGUUGUCAAGGAGAAGGUCCACUUGCAGAGUGAACAUAGCAAGGCCAUUCUUGCACGCAGUAAACUGGAGUCUCUUUGCCGUGAGCUUCAACGUCACAAUAAAAGUUUAAAGGAAGAGAACAUGCAGCAAGCCCGCGAAGAGGAGGAGAGGCGUAAAGAAGCAACUGCACACUUCCAGAUCACACUAAAUGAAAUUCAGGCUCAGUUGGAACAGCACGGCAUACACAAUGCAAAGCUCCGUCAGGAAAACAUUGAAUUGGGGGAGAAACUGAAGAAACUCGUAGAACAAUAUGCACUGAGAGAAGAACAUAUGGACAAAGUCUUUAAGCAUAAAGAAUUGCAACAGCAAUUGGUUGAUGCGAAGCUUCAGCAAACAACGCAGCUUAUAAAAGAAGCUGAAGAAAAGCACCAGAGAGAGAGGGAGUUUCUGCUAAAAGAGGCUACUGAGUCCAGACACAAAUGUGAACAAAUGAAACAACAAGAGGCUCAAUUAAAACAACAGCUUUCUCUUUAUAUGGAUAAAUUUGAGGAAUUCCAGACCACAAUGGCAAAGAGUAAUGAACUUUUUACAACGUUCAGACAAGAAAUGGAAAAGUUGUGGAUGCAGGCAUCUGCUUUACCAUUCUGGUGUAUUGGAACGUAUCACAAAAGUAUCAGCUGGUCACGAACCAUCUUUUGUUUACUACAGAAAACAGUUAAAGACAAAGAAUACAAAGGCUUUCAAAUAAAACUGGAGCGCUUGGAAAAGCUGUGCAGGGCUCUUCAAACGGAAAGAAACGAGCUGAAUGAGAAGGUCGAAGUUCUUAAAGGACAAGUUUCUGUAAGAGAAGCAGAUGUGGAUCUAGCAGUCCAUGUGGAUCUGCAGCCAUGCCCGCUCAACUCUCACGGAAAGGUGGGCCUUUCUGCCAAUGGAGCGGAAGAAGGGAUCCAACCAGAUGCGGAACCGAGUGUGGCACACGAAGGCUCUGAACAAACUGUCUGCCUCGGUUCCAUUCCUGCCACAGAUGUUGUUGACUAAAGUGUAAACACUGUAUUGAGAGAUAUAUUUUGUGUAUGGCUUUAACAGGUGGUGGUAACUCUUAGUUUUGUGGUGAAAAUUUUCUUACUUUUUCUACCAUAUCUGUAUUUUCUUAGAACAGAACAGAAUUUGCCUGGUACAGGAAGCUGCUCGGUGGCUAUUGAAUAGCUGAUCUAUAAAAUUUCCACAAUUGUGUUGCA